AUGUUUUAUAGCCACGAGGUUCUUACCUCGCGCAAGCACGGCGUGGCAACAGUCUGGCUUGUUGCAACAUUGGGAUCGAAAUCAACACUCAAGAAAGUUGAUCGCAAAGAGAUUUGCGCAGUCAACAUCCCCAAAGCAUGUCAGACAAUCGUGUCACCAGAAGCGCCGAUGGCACUGAGACUUCAAAGCAAUCUGUUAUACGGAGUCACUCGUGUGUAUGGCGAACAAUGCAACUUCGUCCUCAAGGAUGCACAAGUAGAACAGAACAAGAUCCGUACACUACUGCGCUCACUAAAUACGGCACCAAUUGAACUCAACGGCAAGCACAAAGCCAAGUAUANNCCUACCCAACUUGUCCUGGAAGACGACCCAAACUUUAUACCCGAACUCGCUUGGGGCAUUGACUUUGAUCUCUUUCACGAUGUCCUCGGAUUCACCAGUGGUGAAGGCUCGUCUCAGAGAUCGAGCCUCUUAUCACCACAUGCUGCCAUCUCUAGUGCUCUCGGCUCUGAACAUAUGGACCCCAACUUGGAUCUCAUCAUUCCUCCUUCCUCCUCGGCUGGAGGAGGUGGAUUUGGUCUUGGGCUUGGAGGCAGAAGUGUGGGUGGCUCUGAUCACAACAGAGGCUACAGUCGUUCUCUGUUCGGUGCAAAUGAAGAAGGCCUCCUCCCCGACCUGGAUCUAGGCCUGGGCCUCGAUUUCGACGUCGAUGGCAACAUGGUCGACAAUGCUGCAGUUCCAGGUGACGGAAGAGCAGCUUCGGUACACACACCAGCACCUGUUGUUCGCGAUGGUGUCCUGCCAGACUCGAACGCCGAUCGAGAUGUGGUCACGUAUGACGACGACCCUCUUCCGGUAUACCAAGACGAUGUUUAUAUGCAAGAUGUGGAGCCUUUUGCUCCACGUACAGCCGCUCAACAAGCAGAUCCCGACGACCCAGCCGCUUCACAAGGCGAGAAAGCACAAAGCCAAACCUCGUCCACCACGGCAUCUGCUCCAGCCGUGCGCACCCGUAUCCCCAAACCACUACCACAAGACCAAGAACUCGAGCUCCACAACUCAGACCUCCAAAGCUGGGAUCGCGAGUACUUGGACAAUCAACUGCGAGCCGCUCAACACAAGCUCCAGAACAAGAGUUUGGUCUUGGCUCGCAAGAAUGCAGACUUUUGGGUCUUGCAGAAUGGGAUUGGUGGGUUGGGUGCUGUAUAUCAAGGAGCAGAGGAACAUAUGCCAGAGCCAUUGAGGAUGUUUAGUGGCAAUGCACUCCUCGAAGCACUAACUGGCAUCCAACUGACCCUAGCAGGAACAAAGCACCCUAGAGACGUUGACUCCAACCAAGAUGACCAGGAAAGACGAGUCCGCUCCCGCAGCGACGAUGAUGAAGUCGGCAGGGGAGCAGACGCAAACGACGCAGCUGCUUUUGAUACCGGUUUCUUCGACGACACCAUCGUCAAUACCAUUGAGCAAGGAAGAGAAGCACCUACACCACUCCAAGACCACCAUUCCUCUGCCCACGCUCUACCUUGGAACCAUGCUGCUCCUCCCUCCCGUGGGUCCUCUCAUACAGCUUUCGUACCUCCUUUCCCUAUCUUCGCACCCGGAGCAGGACCCAGUUCCUCCAUCGCUGGCAGCGGUGGCUUUGUCGCUGCUUCCUCUCACCGUGGACGUCGCACUGUAACUGCAUCUCCCCUUGUUGGCAGAGGCACUGUCCCCACCACUCGCCCCGAAGAUCUUAACUUUAUGCAAGACGACGACGAUAACGCAAACUUCAACGAUGCCUUCACCGCCGCAGACGAUAUGGCACACCCUCAUCCCUCCCAACAAACAGAUUUCUCCCUCUUCGGCCCCGCUGCUGCUGUCCCUACUCAACUCGCCAAUACCUCUCAGUUCCUGAACGCCACUCUUUCCACCGAAUCCCUGAACUUUCUCGCCUUCGUCAAGGCCGGGAUUGCAGAGCAGCAAGCGAGACAGGAAACUACCAUCGAAGCCAUCGCAUCAGUUCUCGAUGUCGAAGACUCUGGUGCUGACGAGGAAGGAGCGACAGUAGCGUUUGAAGAGUUGCUGGUGCCGGAGAGCAAUUCGGUUGUUGUGGCUGCACAGGGGUUCUUGCAUGUAUUGACGUUGGUGACGAGGGGGUUACUGACAGCGGAGCAGGAGGUGCCGUUUGGGGGUAUUGAGUUGAGGGUG